AUGGUAGAGGACGGCAUUGCCAGUGAAGCCACGAGGAAAAAGAUAUCUAAGGACGACGCCGCAAACGAUGAUGCAGAGGCUACCACAUUGUUCGGUGUAUUCGGAACGAAACAGAAGAUCAGGAUCAACAAGAUCCUCAAAGAUCACGGACUUUAUGCCCCACACAACAUGGCAAACGACCUACAAUACGUGAUCACCCUACCUACAGCGGUCGAAAUCAUGAACGCCCAAAGUGGUGAAUCCGUGGAAGGAUACACCCUAGAAAACAUCGAACUGGAAUACGAGUCCAUCGACAACAUCGAUCUCGCAAGGAAAGCCGAGGGUCUGUAUGGAUCCGAACGAGAGCUAUCCUUCGAACACGCUACCCUAAUGAAGAAAACGGAAUGGAGCAAAGAUUCCACCAUCAUCAACGAAACGAUCAACGUACCACGCAGGA